UAUUACAACGCGUGUGUACAUUUUUAUCCAAUUUCUCAAGUUGUCACCUGAAGAAUUUUUGCAAGAUCCGGUGUAUCGUGUGCUAUUGCGGCAUGAAAGCAAGGGCGUGGAACAAAAGAUGAAGCAAUCUGCUGUCAUGAGUACAAGGAUUGCUUUCAGUGUUCUAGGUUUUCUGAUGUUGGGAACUUUGAUUUACACCCUACUAACUGAUGGUUCUCCUUUUCGCAAAGAGCUUCUUACUCCGUGGAUAGUUGCAACACCAAUUGAAUUCUAUAUCAAUGUUGUGGCUCUCUCGUUUUGGGUUGCCUGCAAGGAAUCGAGUCUGAUCAGUGGAUUCUUAUGGAUAUUGUUAUUGAUAUGCUUUGGAAGGAAUUUUCAGAUACAUAUGGAAGGGAAAUAAAAUUUAAUUGAUAAAAUGUAUUAUCCCUUUGCAAUUUCCUUCCAUGCUAUUAUCUUGGUGUCCAAACUUCAUCUUAAAACCAGUAGAAACCAGUAGUA